AAAAACAAAAAAAAAUAGCACAGGCAAAAUAGUCGUGCUGAGGCGCUGUAAAAAGUCAUUUUUUUUUGACGAAAUUGGGAUAUUGAGUUUGUUAUUUGUUGUGUGCUGGUCGAGCUCGUUGCUUCGACUAUUUCGAAAACCAAGCGAGGGGAGCGACCUUGGAGGCCACCGACCAGUCGUAAUUUACGCAACGCACCACAAAAUCCGCAAAAUUGCACAGGGGCCAACAACAAAAACAGAGGGCGAACAGAGAAGAGGAGAGGCGGAGAAAGGAGAACGGCGAACGGAGCACACGGAGAGAACAGAGAAGAGAGCCCGAGAAACAGAAGAAACAUCAUGGCGAACAUGGCCGUGUCGCGGAUCAAGAGGGAGUUCAAGGAGGUGAUGCGCAGCGAGGAGAUCGUCCAGUGUUCCAUCAAAAUCGAACUGGUCAACGACAGUUGGACAGAGCUGCGCGGCGAGAUCGCCGGACCGCCCGACACGCCCUACGAGGGCGGUAAGUUCGUCCUGGAGAUCAAGGUGCCCGAGACAUAUCCCUUCAAUCCGCCAAAGGUUCGUUUUAUAACGCGCAUCUGGCACCCGAACAUUUCGUCGGUGACGGGCGCCAUUUGCCUGGACAUUUUAAAGGACAAUUGGGCCGCGGCGAUGACGCUGCGCACUGUUCUGCUGUCCCUGCAGGCGCUCCUGGCCGCUGCCGAGCCAGACGAUCCCCAGGACGCUGUGGUGGCCUAUCAAUUCAAGGACAAGUACGACCUGUUCCUGCUGACCGCCAAGCACUGGACGAACGCAUAUGCCGGCGGUCCGCACACCUUUCCCGAUUGUGAUUCAAAGAUCCAACGUCUCAAGGACAUGGGCAUCGACGAGCACGAGGCGCGCGCCGUGCUCUCCAAGGAGAACUGGAAUCUGGAAAAGGCCACGGAGGGCCUGUUCAGUUAGCUUGCCCCAGCCACACCAUCAUCAGUACCAUUCAUGGAGGCGGCAGCACCAAGAACACCGGAAACUUCAGCAUCAACCUUUCAGAUCGGCAAUCACGCUAAAUUCUAGUACCCCAAAACACACAAAACAAAAUAUUUUUCGUAAAUUUUUGUCCACAAAAUGGCAUUGCCCUGUAACUAUAUCAAUUGUCUAUUCUGUUUUCUAUUUUUAUGAUUAUCGUGCACCUUUUGCCGCUGGGUGGGUCCCCAAAAAGGUUGAACCUUUGGCCAUGCCCGCGCUUCAUCAAGCAGUUGCAUUUAUUUGCAGGCCCUUUCUUAAACAAUACUGUCUUUUUCCAUUUCAACCUUAAUUUAUACCACACAAAAAAAAAAAUGAUUUAAAAAAUUAAAUGUGAAAAUGAGAAGUGUAUAACAAAUCGAAGUCUUUGUAAAUUGCGUUAAGUUAAUAAAUAAAUAAACAAAUAUUAAGAAAAGCUAA